AUGCCUCCGUGGACAGUCCUUUUUCGAAACAAGUCAUACCUUCCAGCGCAUCGACACAUAGGAAGCCGUCUUGUGCCACACGGUUUUAAGAUGUGCAACAUGGGGGUACAUAUUAACAUCAAUGAUAGAUCGAGCUGCAUGAAUGCAUACGUAAGGCAGAUCCGAUGCCAGUCUAGGGGAGGAAUGUACAUAUUGGCGGAUCCUUAUGUGUAUGGAAGUAAAAUCCUGCAUAUGAGUCGUAUCAAAACUUGCGGUCCGUGGUGCGUUGUUAUUUUCCCCGUGUCUCGCGGCAAUGCCGAAGGCAAGGAGUUAAUCGGAUAUUCAUGGAUCAGGACGCGAAAACCGGGGUGGUUUGUUGGAAGCCCGGCCGUUGCGAGAUGGAGGGGAGUUGCAUGUGCAGGGGAGAGGGCCACGCAGAGCGUGCUGCAAAUCCACGGAUUCGGCAUCCGCGAUACGAGACAAGGCGCGGCUGUUGAGGAGAGAAGAGAAAAAGAAGAAAAGAGCGCAAAAAGAGAAAAUCAUCCGUAA